GCUCGUCUAUCCACCGGUGCUGGUGAGAAAGUCGCGAAGUUUGCCAGAUGCGCGCACCUCGACGGCGCGUCGGGGUUCGGGGACGACCGGUGACCGGAGGACCAGCGCGCUCCAGGAACAGGCGCGUAGGCAACGCCAGAGUCUGUAGAAGAGGCAACACCAAGACUUCCCAAUGAACAACCGAAAGGAAGAUAUGGAAAUCACGUCCCACUACCGGCAGCUGCUUCGCGAGCUCAACGAGCAGAGGCAGCACGGCGUCCUGUGCGACGUGUGCGUCGUGGUGGAAGGCAAGGUCUUCAAGGCCCACAAGAACGUGCUGCUGGGCAGCAGCCGCUACUUCAAGACGCUCUACUGUCAGGUGCAGAAGACGUCUGACCAAGCCACCGUCACCCAUCUGGACAUCGUCACUGCCCAGGGCUUCAAGGCCAUCAUUGACUUCAUGUACUCAGCCCACCUGGCCCUCACCAGCAGGAACGUCAUUGAGGUGAUGUCUGCCGCCAGCUUCCUGCAGAUGACGGACAUUGUGCAGGCCUGCCAUGACUUCAUCAAGGCUGCUCUGGACAUCAGCAUCAAGUCGGACGCUGCUGACGAGCUCGCAGAGUUUGAGAUCGGCGCCCCGGCCGGCAGCAGCACAGAGGCGCUGAUCUCUGCUGUGAUGGCUGGCAGGAGCAUCUCUCCGUGGCUGGCGCGGCGCACAAGCCCCGCCAACUCUUCCGGAGACUCAGCCAUUGCCAGCUGUCACGAGGGGGGCAGCACCUAUGGGAAGGAGGACCAGGAGCCCAAGGCCGAGGGCCCCGACGACGUGUCCUCGCAGUCCCUGUGGCCUGGAGACGUGGGCUACGGGCCUCUGCGCAUCAAGGAGGAACAGAUAUCGCCUCCUCACUAUGGAGGGCGCGAGCUGCCUUCUGCCAAGGACAGCACGAUGCCGAGCUCUGCCUCAGAGCCGGGAGCCGGCGACGGCUGGCAGCCCACGGGCCGCAGGAAGAACCGGAAGAACAAAGAGACGGUGCGGCACAUCACGCAGCAGGUGGAGGAGGGCAGUGGGGCCGGCUCCCCCUCGCCCGCCUUCCUCCCCACGCCCGGGUGGCCCUUCGGCAGCCGGGACUCAAGUGCAGACCUGACUGUCACUGAGGCCAGCAGCUCCGACAGCCGAGGGGAGAGGGCCGAGCUGUACACGCAUGUGGACGAGAGCCUCCUGGGAGAGGCCAGCUGCCUGGGCCCACCCCUGACUCCUGAGAAGGAUGAGGUGCUGCACCAGGCCAGUGCGGUGGCCGGUCUGCGGGCGGCACUCAUGAGUCAGAGCAGCCUGCUGUCUCUGAAGGCCGACGUGCUGGGGGACGACGGCUCCCUGCUGUUCGAGUACCUGCCUAAGGGUGCCCACUCGCUGUCUCUGAAUGAGUUCACGGUGAUCAGGAAGAAGUUCAAGUGCCCCUACUGCAGCUUCUCGGCCAUGCACCAGUGCAUCCUCAAGAGGCACAUGCGUUCCCACACCGGGGAGCGGCCCUACCCCUGUGAGAUCUGCGGGAAGAAGUUCACGCGCCGUGAGCACAUGAAGCGGCACACGCUGGUCCACAGCAAGGACAAGAAGUACGUGUGCAAGGUGUGCAGCCGCGUGUUCAUGUCUGCAGCCAGCGUGGGCAUCAGGCACGGCUCCCGGCGCCACGGUGUGUGUGCCGACUGUGCUGGCCGGGGCGCAGCCGUGCAGUUGGACCAUGGGGGCGGCGAAGGCUCCCCCGAGGCCCUGUUCACUGGUGAUGGGCCCUACUUGGAAGACCCUGAGGACCCGAGAGGGGAGGGUGAGGAGGAGCUGGGAGAGGAUGAGGACGACGACGUGGCAAAGUGGAAGGACGAUGUAGGGCUGGCGCCCGAGGACACGCUGUUGGGGGACGACAAGGAGGACGAGGACUCACCACAGGGCCCCCGCAGCCCCACUGCAGGGCCUGAAAAGGACUUCGCCUGGAUCUCCUAGGCCCUGCCCCGGGGGGCAGGGUCUGAUGGUGGGGUGGUGGCUGCGUCGCUCCAUCCACCUGUGUGUGUGUCUUAGUGGGUCUCAACACCCGACGGCAGGGCUGUGCCCUUCUCAGCCCCUCCUCUGGUCCUCCCUGCAUCCAGUCCCACUCCCACAGACACCGGCCAUGGCCUUGCGGUCAAGGGAGAGCGCCUGCUCCUGCCUGUCCUGGGAUGCCUGGAGUCCCCAGCAGGUGCCUGCAGGUGUGUGCCGGGUCUGGUCUGGGGCUUGCCUCCAGAGCAUCAAAGGAGCCCUGGGUGGCUGGCCAGACCCUGGAUGCAUGAUGGCCAGGCUGGCCAGGGGCAUGAGUGCAUCCUCGAGGCCACAGGUCUGAGUCCAUGUUGAGAGUUUUGCAUACACCGAGCUGCAUCCGUCCGCAGCACUGCUCAAGCCCUGCAGCCAGGUGGCUGCCUGUGACCCCGCAGUGGCCCUUUGCCCUCUUGGCUCCUGCCACACAGUGGCAGCCUGUAGAACCCAGGUCUGGUGCACAGAAAGCCCUGCGAUCCUCUUACCUCUGGGCUUUGGUGCUUAACAAAGCAGCUGCAGAUCCUCGGGAUCCAGGGCUCCAGGUGCUCUCUCUGGUGAUCCCGGAGGCUGGGGCCUGAGGAGGCCGCAGCUCCUCCCAUGCAGGACUCCUCAGUCAGGGAGGAGACCCCUGGCCAGGCUCCCCAUCUCAGGCCCAAAACAGUUCUGCCAUGAGGGCCUCAGCUCUGGGUGCACUUCCUUAGAGAGCCUGGGCCCCUUGUCCACCCUGGGCUUGCUCCAGGGCUCCUGCUGACCCCUCUUGGGACGGGCUGGAGCCGGACUCCUGCCAUCGUUGCUGCUAACACUGGAGGUGGGUGUCCUUGCUGCAGUGUGCUGCUUCACCUCCCUGCCUGGGUAACCAAAUGUUAAAGUAGUUGGAGACAUCGUGAGGUAGCUGCAGAAAAUUCUUAUUUUUUGCAUUGUUUUUCGCACUUGGCAAAACUGCAUAGGGUUGUUUUUCCUUUGGCUUGUGAAGUCCUCCUGCUGUGUUUUGAAGGAGCUUCCCAUGUGUUCUCCUUUUUUCCUGAGUGAAAAGCAAAGGCCCCCAUGGUGGGCAUCUCUGUGCAUCACCCAGCGUUGAGGUCCUGGAGGCAGGCUGCCAGACCCACUCUAGAACAGACGUGGCAGUCUGGGCCCCUCCUCCGGGCUGCUCUGACACCACAACUAAGACAUUCCACCCUCUCCUCCUCCUGUGCACCCUCUCAGGUGAGGUGCAGGCAGGUUGACCACUCCCCACCCUAGGCCAGGGCUCCCUGGGAGCUGAGUGUGAGCACCAACUGAGAGAGAGUUUCUAGUUUCUCCUCCAGACUGCAAGCCAGAUGGCUGUUACCUUUUUCCUGUCACAUCUUCCUCAGUGGAAAAAGGAAAACCCCACAGAACUAUGACUUAGGUCCCAGUGGUCACCUGGAGCACAUCUCCUGAGAACAUUCCCUAAGCACAGCUGUCUGGCAGCUGCUGCCAAGGACACACAGGGUGGGCCUGUGUGGGCGCAGGGACAUGGUGCUGCCCUUGAGGGCCUGUGUACGGGGAGGAGUUGCAGUUCUCUCUCUUGUUUUUUCAAAGUAAAAUCAGCCAGUUUCUACCAGUCACAAGAGGCUGCUCCCCCUGCUGCCAUCCAGCCCUCCUGCGCAUACAUCCCUCCUUGGCAAAGCCAUGAGUUCCUGAGCCAGUCCCUGGCAGAAGCUCAGACCCUCCUACACAGAGCAUGGGGGCCUUGGCUUGUCACCCAUUCUCCCACUGCCAUGGCGGGGUCUGGGGUGCUCCCAGUGGGGCAGUGUGGCUGACCCCCUGAUCAGGGAAGCUCCAGCUGAGCUCCCAGCCCCCUUCAGGGCUCUCAGAACUUUGUACCUUUUCUCCCACUUUUUUAACACCUUUUCUAUACACUGAUUUUCUUACAAGUUGCAUUUGGAAACCAGACCUUUGCUACCAGCCUCUGGGUUUUGUACCGGUCCUCCCUCUCAGGCCAAACUGCCCAGGGCCCCUGGCCCACCUCCCCCAGGCACCUCUGCCUGGCACUCAGGAUGUCUUGCUCUCUGACUGGCUCCCGCUCUGGAUGCCUUUGCUGGCCUAGGGGCAUAUCCUUGAAAUUAUACUGUACCGGAAAACCAAGGGUCCCCAUCUGUCCACCAUCUUCCCCGUCUGCUGUGUGGCAGGUCCGCUGUUCUCAGUUUGCUAGUUGGAGAGUGGAAUUUCAAACCCAGAUGAACACAUCCAUCUCAGGAGGCAUGGAGGGAAAAGACGUAUGUAAUGAAGGUUUUUUUUUUUUUUUAUGUGACUGAUUUUUUUUUUAAUCAAUGUUCAAACUAAUAAAUAUUUUUUUAUGAAGAGGAAAAUAAUGUGUAGAUUACAUUUCACAUUUUGUAUUUUUGUUGUUGUUGUUGUUUGUGUCUGUUUAUACCUUGGUGUUUGCAACACCAAAGUGGAAGAUACAGUCCAUGGUGGUGGGGGUAUGUGAAUAGGGAAACCAUGAUUUUUGUAUGGAGCUCUGGAUCCUGGCCAGGUUGUUUGGACUCUGGGUCUGGGCAAUAGGAUGCUGCCAGGACUCUCCAGGGCCUGACUCGGGACACAGCUAUGCUUCCAACUUUGCACAUCUUCCUUUUUAAGAAAGAAAUCUGAGAAAAUGCAAAACUGGAACUUUUUGCAAUAUUAUGAAAGAUAAUCUUCGGCUCAUUUUGUGACAUGUGCAGCUCUUUAAGAAGCCAUACUUUCUAGUGGUUGUCUUUUGUUUAGAUUCUGUUGUUUCGUACGCGGCCCUUUUAGAACCACUUGUAGUGAGGGUGCUGUGUGUGUGCUUCCCUUAAAUAUUUAUUUUUUUCAACAUGCUUUCAACCUGUCAUCAAAAACAGAAGAGACAAAAAAAAAAAAAA